AGAGAGAGAGAGAGAGAGAGAGAGAGAGAGAGAUAAACCAGUAUUAUAACAAUCGUAAAUAACAAGCGAGAAGAGUGAGCAAACUAACAAUAAGCGGUAAACAAUGGGAAACAAAUACAUCGUACUAACUCGCCAUUGUUUUAGGAACUCCAUUGCACAAAACCUCCAUUCAUGCAUAUUUACGCAACCGACCGCCGCAUCACACUACUCUUUUGUCGAGCCACGUACUCGUAUACGCUCAAGGUCACACAUACAUUUCCAGCCUCACCAUACUGCCAAUUUUCAGUCGGAACGAUCCCCGCGGACGGCAAGACGACUCUUGCGGGAUUGGCGAGCCAAUAGGACGCUCCCUUGGACGCCAUGAGAUAUCGACAGGGCCAAGAGCUACUAGCAUGAGGGAUUUUAAGACGCCCGGGUUCUUGGUGAUUGUGGUGGUGGUGGCAUUGGAUGCGCUGGUGUUCGGAGCGUCGCUACACAGUGGGUCGUCUGAGAGCUACGGCAGACGACGCGAGGGUCGACUCGCGAACAGUCAAGAUGAUUCCGUCUGGCUAGCGUCAAACGCCUUACAUCCGGCGGACAUCGAACAAGACCAAGACAGAACUCACGCUUUCCCAGACACUGAUGUUCACAGAGGUCACGGUGCCGAAAGAUUACGACACAGACGAGAGACGCAGACGCCAGGGGUCGUCAACAGGUUCUCCUCCGGUGCGAACACAGCACAGUCUGAAAGCGCACCAUUGCAACGUCCUGAGCUCAAAAGAAAGAAGAAGUUGAACACCUACAUUCCUCCUAAUCGCCAAAGCAACGCGAUCCCCAAAGGAAGCGGCCAAAGUCAGCCCAACAGUAGGCAGUACGACUAUUAUUACGUGUCUAAUGGAGGCGAGAACAACGAAGACCCUACCGCCGGCGAGGAAGGGUAUGACUACGAAGACGCCAACGCCGGAGGCAGCACUACUGAAGGAGGAGGGUUAGGCCAACAGCCUCAACAAGGAGACGGCGCCGACGGGAAUACUGACGAGGAGUACGUAGAUGAUACGGGUGACGCAGGAGGGGAAGAAGAAGGACAGACUGAGGUGUUCGUUCCAGAAAGUUCCACCACUGUGUCAACCGCAACAACAAAGGCUUCAAAUGCCUCUCCAGGCACAGCCAGUACCACAGCAUCCAGUGCCUCUCCAGCUACAAGUACCACAGCUUCUAGUGCCCCUACAGUUAAAAUCACCACAGCUUCUAGUGCCCCUACAGUUAAAAUCACCACAGCUUCCAGUACCUCUCCAGUCACCAGUUCCACAGCGUCUAGUUCCUCGCCAGUCACAAGUGCCACAGCAUCUAGUUCCUCUCCAGUCACAAGUGCCACAGCAUCUAGUUCCUCUCCAGUCACAAGUGCCACAACAGCCACCACCCUUGCAGCUACAAGCACUAAGGCAUCCAGUUCUGUGACUAGCACGGUGCCCAGCCCCAGUUCCUCAACAACCACAACAGCCACUAGCUCCACUUCUGCAGGUACCACUGGUGCUACCACAACAACUGUGGCCAAUCCGGCAGAUAUGCUAGCCACUGCUGCAUCCUUCCCGCUCAACAUCUUUACAACCGUUGGCAGCUACACAAGAGGUAACCUCUGGCUAUGGAGGGGUCAGUCCUCGGGCGAACUUCCAGUUGGCCAGAGCAACGUCAACCCCUUUGGUCAAAUGAACAACGUUCCAAGUCAAAGCAGCAAUACUUUUGGCCAAAUUGACAAUUCAUUUGGUCAAGUCAUUCAAGGUCAAACUUCCAAUGGCUUUGGGCAAGUCAAUUAUGUGCCUAGCCAGGCUUCCAAUGCCUUCGGGCAAGCUAAUUAUGAGCCUGGUCAAACUUCAAAUGCCUUUGGGCAAGUCAGUUAUGUCCCUAGUCAAACUUCUAAUCCCUUUGGGCAAAUCAACUAUGUGUCCAGUCAAACUUCCAAUCCCUUCAGUCAAACAUACAACAAUCAGGGUCAAAGCAGCAAUCUCUUCAGUCAAAUGGAAAGCGUACCAAGCCAGCUCAUCAACAAUCCAGGUCCAUCUAACACCGCCGGUGACCAGCCCAGCUCUUACUCCAGUGGAAGUCCCUCUAUCACCCAACAGCGGGGCUUCGGGGUAGUCAGGCUGAGCGGACGAGGCCGAGCAGAUGACUCUGGAGUCGGUCAUUCCCAGCAAGAACAGAAUGAAGCAGGUCAAGACGAACCUCAAGAAGCCUCCAUUGCCAUCAGCUCGAGACUGGCAACCCCGAGAAGGACAAACGCGGGUGGUCUGCGCAUGCGCAAGAUGACAGACGCUGCCGAUGGCAACGCUGGAACCCUCAAGAAACGAAAGACGAAGAAGAAUAAGAAGAAGAGGAGGAGGAGGAAGAAGAAGAAGAAGAUGGAGAGAGUCUCCUCGACGACUCUGCAACCUACCUCGACCUCGACGGGGUCCCAGCUUCCGGAAGUGGGCGAGAAUUCGGCAAUAACUAACCCUCCUCCAAGGGAGCUCUUCGCCUCACUUUACACUUCCAAAGUCGAAGGUCGACCUCUGGGGGCGGAGUCAGAGGGCGAAGGGGCCGUCAAGAAAAGGAAGAAGAUCAGGAAGAAAAAGCUGAAAUUUAUAACUGGGAAAAGGUAAGGGCGAAAGAAGGGCGUGGAGGAAUAAUUGAUAAUAAUCUUGAAUAAAGUUAGAAAUAA